AUGAAGAUUCACAUCAAAACGCUGGUAGGGACCACUCUGACUUUGGAAGUUCUUCCUUCCGAUUCUAUCCAGGGUGUAAGGAAGCGAAUCAGGGAAGCAUGGGGAGCACCGCCAGACCAGCAAAAUAUACGAUACAAUGGAGUGGUACUGGUGGAUAAUCACCCACAACAAAGCAGAAGGCCAGCAACACUGGCGGACUACAAUCUGCGCGAUGGAGCUACGCUGAACUUUGUGCUAAGAGGUAGAGGGAGGACAGGACGACGGAGAGUUUUGCCCGAUACGAAAGUAUGGAAUGAGAUACCAGUGCCAGCACCAAGCAAACCUCCUGCUCGGCUGCCACAAAGAGAAUUUCCUGCUCCUGCGCGGAAGAAGUUGUUUCUAGAUUCUGACGAUGAUGACGAUUUACCUCCCCUCAGAGUUCUCACUACAUCAGACCUGAGGAAGCGGGAGCCAAUGAAGGACUUGAAACAAGGGGAAAAGCAAACUAAGUUGGAAGCAGAGCAGCAGAAAGCUUCUGAAGAAUAUCGAGCGCAGAAUCUGAUGAAGGCAGCAGUCUUAUCCUUGGCCUUGGAUGAUGAAGAAGAGGAGAGUGAUGAUUCGGAUGCCCCAAAAAAGAAGAAACGGAAGAAGAAACUCAAGAAAGCGGAUGAAGAGGACGAGGGAAAAGAGUCGCCGGUAGUCAAGAAGGAAAAGAAGAAGAAAAUAGUUGUUGACUCAAGCUCAGAUGAGGAAAGCUCGGGUGAAAAGUCUAGGGAAGCUCAGAAAACAAAGGCCCCAUCUCCUGCACCAAAACUCUUCGACGAGUUCUUCGACGAGUCCAUGGCCAACUUUGAUCUGUCGGACAAAGAAACAGGGGCGCUGGUGAAAUUGGCCGCCUUGUCGGAGCAAAUGACAAGGGCUGUGGAAACCGACAAUUCCGAAUCAACGAAAGAAGAAGACGAUGAUGACAUGCCGUCCUUGAACAAAGCAAGCUCCGAGUUGCCUCUCUCCCUGGAGGAUUCGGAGGAGGAAGUUGAUGAGGUAUUAUCCGAACAGGAUGAAGAAAGAGAAGCACCAGCUCCGCCCGCUUGGAAUUUCAUGGCCGGUUUCAGUUAUGGUGAGUCGUCAAAUGAAGACUAUGACGAUGGCGGUCGUCCCGAAGUUGAUGCCUUCGGUAAUCGCUACGAUACAGACGAUGACAUGACGUCGCGGGAUACGUAUGAUGAGGAGGACAAGCAUGAUCGCGGAUCGGAUGGAAGUUCGUCAUUUUUCGAUGAGCAACAAUUGGCCCAACAUCAGCAACAGACCAUUUUGCGGGAGCGACAGCAACGAAAACUACAAGCCGAAGAAGAGGAAGAAGCCAUUCUCUACUACCAGUCCAGAGCCGCUUGCUUGUGCUACUGUGUCAUUGCCCUUGUCGUCGUCUAUGUCACCACCAUUAUUGCUCUUUACUUUUUGUGGAAAAAGGACAACGUUGCUGCAUCGACCGAAGCGCCCAGCACAACCCCACUCCCAUCGCCGUCGCAAUCCAACACGGAACGAUUGAUCGGUUGGCAACUGGCACUGCCUUUGACCAGCAUAGUGUUGUUGCUGCUCCUUGGUUUUGCAUGUUGCUGGGCCUAUCGCCGCCUCCACUUGAAACCCAAAGUCAAACAGCAAGUAGUGACCAAUCGGGGGUUGGGGGUUGAGCGGGAACCGAAUUUCGUAUCUUUGGAUCUUGAGCAGGGACCAGAUGUCGAAUCUUCAACAACCCCACCUGAAUACAUCGAGCAAGGAAAUGAGGCGCAGGCGACAACUAGCAAAGACCACCCCACACUUCUUGCAUCAGAUGACUUUCCAUCUACUUUUGACGACAGAGUUGCGGAAGACACCCCUGCCACAGGGAGCAACUCAAAGGCAUUGCUGGGUGUUAGUGUGGCCUGGCUCAAGUAUGGGCUGUUACGCGAGGUUCGUGAGUCAGGACUAGACGAAAGCGCAACCAUCUAUGACCUCGAAAGCCUGCAUGAAGAAGGUAGGUCCAUCAUUCGAAAGAAGGGGCAGCAGGUGGUCUGUCCGCUGGAUGGUAGGAUUGGUGCCGCAUAUGUCCACUCCCUGGAGCAAGACCAGGUUGGCCCUGCAAGCAUAAUGCUAAGUUAUUCGUGGAAAUACAGCAUCGGAGACAUCGUGGAUACACUCAUGGAUUAUUGCAAUGCGCAACAUCUCAAUCCCCAGCAGACUUAUGUAUGGAUGUGCUGUCUAUGCAACAACCAACACCGUGUCGCAGAGAACAUCCGAUUGGGCAAGGUUGUCCCUUUUCAAGUCUUCCGACGCAUUUUCCGCAGCAGGGUUAUUGGUAUUGGUCAUCUGCUCGCAAUGAUGAGCCCCUGGCGAGAACCAAAAUACAUUACACGGCUCUGGUGCAUCUUUGAAUUGUACACUGCAUCACUGCAGAACGACGAUAUCAAGGUUAGCAUAGUCAUGCCACCCGGAGAAAAACGUGAUAUGGCCAAGACCAUCGGCUUGAAGGGGGGCAAUGGAAUAGACCAACUUUACCGCACACUCGGAAACACAAGAGUAGAGCAUGCAGAUGCGUCGCAGGAGGAGGACAAGGCCAACCUUCUGAAAAUGAUUGAGCAAGGACCAGGGUUUCGAGCUCUUAAUGUCAGGGUAAAUGACUUGCUCAGAGCCUGGGUGAAGCAAUCAACGUUAGAAGUGGUGAAGUCGCUCAUAGCUUCUCGGAAUGCACCAAAUCGGUCGAAAGGCGCUGGGGAUCAAUUCUUGGAUCGGGGAGUUUUGAUUUCUUCGACAAUGGUUCUGACUUCUCCGAAAAAGGGUGCAUGUGCUGCUGCAAGUUGUGGCGGCGUAAGGAUAGAUGAGGGCUGCUUUUCCAGCGGGGAUGACAAUGGCUCCUUUGUCAGUGGAUCUUUCAGUGGAUCUUUACGCAGCGGUGAACAGGACGAAGGCUUCUUUGAGAGCGGAUCUUACCGUGCUGGAUCAUUGUCCCAUUAUGAGGAGGACGACGGCAAAGAAGUCGAUUCAGAAAUACGUACCACGGCGAAUAAACCAACUACUGACUUGGAUCUCACCGACCACGAGUUUGCGGAUUUUCUUUCCAGUAGUGGAGUGCUCUUGCAAAAGAUUGGAGAGCAGCAGAAAGCUCAGGAAUGUCACGAGAUGGCCUUGAACACGUAUGUAUCCGUUGGUAAAAGCGAAGGUCAAGCCUCCUCUUAUAACAACUUGGGUGCUCUCUUGCAGAGCCAAGGUGACCUGGAUGGUGCGAUUGAGUGCCACAAAAAAGCAUUGUUGCUCCAAGAAGAAUCUGUUGCAGCAGCAGAAGAAGAACCGACAACAUGCCGUCAACGAGCCACUUCGCUCAAUGCCUUUGCGUCGGUGCUUCUCGAGAAGGGUGACUGCGAGGGCGCCCUGGCAAAGGUGCGGAACGCAUUGGCCAUUUUGGAACAUGAUCCCAAAUGUCCCGAGGCUGCAGCGGCACACGAGGUGGAAGGAUUGGUGACAUUUACCCAAGCCAACUCCAUGCACCGGAAAGCACUGGAACUUUCUCAAGAGGCGCUCAAAACCAAGGAAGAAAUCCUGGGCAUGUAUCAUCCCGAAACGGCCAAAUCCUACCACCAGAUUGGCCAGUUACUGUUUCGCACACGAACGGACGAAAACAGUGAUCUGGCGUUAGAUUUCUUCCAGCAGGCUCAUGCCAUUCGGGAAGCCAUUUUGGGUCCGGAUCACCCCGACACGAUGGAAUCGCUGGCAAAGGUGGAGGAAGUGUUGUGGUCAACGGAGGAAGGAAACCAAUCAGGUGGUUUUGGGCUCGAGAAGAUGCCGUCAAUGGCAAUGGUACCAGCGUAUUAG